AUGCUCUCUCCUAGGCACAAGCACAAGCGCUCGCGCAGCGCCCUGGCACUUUCCCUUUUACACCGCGACAAGUCUAGAGGCGAAGACAAAAACGGAGAAGACAGCGAUAAAGGUUCGGUCGGAUCGACUUCCUCUGGAAAUGGCUCCUCCUCCCUGAGGCACACUCGCAGUAACAGCCGCCACACUUCUCAAACUCGCAAGGUCUCCCUCAAUCCUACAUCCCCUUCAACCUCCGGCCUACCCCUCCAACAUAUCCCGUCCAACCAGAGCAGGCAGAGCAUCCACGCCGACGCUGUGAGUGGCUUGGACAAAGGCGCGAUCACAUCCGCGCCUCAGUCUCAGGCCCAGGCCCAGCCUCAGCUGGAGACAAGCAGCAUGACCCUCGAUCAGUCGGUGCGGACCUUCCGCCUAUUUGAGAUCCUGCGAAGCGGCGAUACAACGGCCAUUUCCAAGGCGAUUAAGGAAUCCCAGGACCCUCAGAUUGCGAAUAGCUUAUACGGGACCACAAUCCUACACCUGGCCUUGCAGUGCGCCGAACCCCAGGUCGUGGAGUUUGUCUUGUCAUCCGGAGACGAUCAGUGUAUCAACGAGCAGGAUCGGGAGGGAAAUACCCCUCUCCAUCUUGCAGCACAACUUGGCCGUGUAUCUCUCAUUCGGGAACUGCUGAACCGAGACUCUGUCAACGAUGCCAUUGUCAACUACCGCGGUCAAACACCACUGGACGUCGCGCGUACACCGGAGAUCUUCCAACAACUCCAACUAGCCCGCUCGCUCUUCAUCGACAACAAGACGCAGGAAAUCCAAGUCCUGCUCGCGAAGAAGGAUUACGAGAGUUUGGAAAAACUAUUGGAAGAACCCCGCGCUGAGGGAAUCUUGGAUGUCAACGCUCUGGACUUGGUUACUGAGCCUACCACUGUACAGACUGGGGGUACUUUAUUGCAUGAGGGUGCUCGGAAUAAGGACUCUCAGCUCAUUCAAAUACUCUUGACUCAUGGAGCGGAUCCUUUCCGCCGUGAUAAGAAGGGCAAGUUGCCCCAGGAUGUCACGAAGGAUGACAAGACUCGUGCUCUUCUUAAGAAAUCACCCGCUGCUGUGAUCGCACAACGUGGUAUUCAGGAGAGAGCGAUUCUUGGUAACAAUAAUGCUCAAGGUUUAUCGGCUCGUGCUUCGAUUGGUGGCGAGGCGCCUCUAGCUGGUAAGGAUGCUCGUGAAAUGAGAGGAUAUCUUAAGAAAUGGACCAACUAUACCAGUGGUUACAAACUGCGGUGGUUCGUUUUGGAGGAUGGCGUUUUGAGCUAUUAUAAGCACCAGGAUGAUAUUGGUUCGGCUUGCCGUGGCGCUAUUAAUAUGAGAAUUGCCCGACUCAACAUGGAUGCACAGGAUAAAACUCGGUUUGAGAUUCACGGCAAAUCAUCUGUGAAGUACCAUCUCAAGGCAAACCAUGUUGUUGAGGCCAAACGCUGGUUCUGGUCGCUGAACAACGCGAUCCAGUGGGCCAAGGAUGAGGCGAAGGAAGAAGAGCGGCAGCGCAAUCAGAAUGCCGAGGUCCUUCGCCAGGCAAAGAUGGAUCAGAGCGAAGGCCGUUCAGUUGGAACUCCAUCCGAGUCCGGUCUAAGUCACCGUCCCAGCACAAAGAGUCUCGCUCCUCCAUCCACUCUAGGCGUGCCUGGUAACAGCAUCACGCGGCUGAGCACUCAUGCCUCGCGCACAACACUUGAGACUACCCCCGAGGACGAGGUCAGUUCAGCAUAUGGCUCUCUUGACCAAAGCACGAAUGAAGUCAACAGGGUGGCUAGCCAUGCCAGCCAUGCCACAACCAUGCCCGAUGGUGAUGGCAACGAUGACGAUGAGGAAUUUUACGACUAUGCUUCUAGCCACGAAGCGCCUGCGGAGGAUAAGGAUGCCCUGAACAUCACCGCGCAGUCUGCGAAGCUCCAACUGGAUCUCCUUGCGAAUGUCACUGCUUCAUUACAGGCAGAACGGACUAAGAAUCCCGGCACGGCAAUUGCAGAUCCUUCCUUUGAGCAAGCACUCGGUGCCUAUGAAGGCGCCGUCAGUAGUCUCAAGGGACUGGUCCAAAGCCUGCUCAAGAUCUCGCGGGAUCGUGAUUCCUAUUGGCAAUACCGAUUGAACAGGGAAGAACAUCUGCGCCAAAUGUGGGAGGAAAGUAUGGCACGCGUCGCUCAAGAACAUGAAGAGCUUCAGUCCAAGAUGGGCGAGUCGGAAGAGAAGCGGAAACGAACUAAGCGUGCUCUGAAAGAGGCCUUGGAAAAUGCCACAGCCGCCAGCCGCUCAAUUAGCGAAGCGCCUUCUCGUGCACCUGUCAAUGAUCAGGAAACACUGGAGGAGAGCCAAGAAGAUUUCCGCGAUGCAGACGCACCCGUGGAAGACGGGGAGGCAUCGGCUCAACUUGCUGCCCGUCCUACCCUAAGCCGCAAGCACUCUAACCUGUCGCAAAUCAGCAGUCUCUAUGAUUCUGAAUCGGAUGGGGAUGAGUUCUUCGAUGCUAUUGAUGCGGGGGAGAUUGAAGUUGAGGACAUGACUCAGGGAGAGACGAAGGAGACGAAGGAGCCUGAAGAUGAAAGUUCACAGGCUCGUAAUGAUAAGGUUGCCGUGAUCGCACCCUCAUUUAAGGGCUACGAAGAGCCUGUGCGACAAAGACUCAAAAUGGACAAUGACAAUCGUCCCAAGAUUGGCCUUUGGGGCAUCUUGAAAUCCAUGAUUGGAAAGGACAUGACCAAGAUGACUCUGCCGGUAUCCUUCAACGAACCAACUUCCUUACUUCAACGCGUUGCAGAGGAUCUGGAAUACACUGAUCUCCUUGAUAUUGCCGCCGAUCGGUCAGACUCGAUGGAACGCCUGCUAUACGUUGCAUCAUAUGCUGCAAGUGAAUACGCCUCAACCAUUGGCCGUGUUGCGAAGCCCUUCAACCCCCUCCUUGGUGAAACCUUCGAGUACGUCCGGCCCGACAAGGGCUACCGGUUCUUCGUGGAACAAGUCAGCCAUCACCCGCCAAUUGGAGCUGCAUGGGCCGAAUCGCCCAAAUGGGACUACUGGGGCGAAUCAUCUCUCAAGUCUAAAUUCUACGGCAAAUCCUUCGACAUUAACCUGUUGGGCACAUGGUUCCUCAAACUUCGACCCGUCACCGGUGGAGAAGAGCUGUACACUUGGAAAAAGGUUACUUCCUCAGUCAUCGGUAUCAUUACUGGAAACCCCACUGUCGAUAACUACGGUCUGAUGGAAAUCAAAAACCACACCACUGGCGAAGUCUGCUAUCUCGACUUCAAACCCCGCGGAUGGAAGGCUUCUUCCGCCUACCAAGUCGCCGGUAAAGUAGUCGACGCAGAAGGAUCACCAAAAUGGAGUAUCGGCGGCCGCUGGAACGACAAAAUCUACGCUCGCCACACUCCCGGCUUCGAAGCACCAGUCUCAGGCCAAGACCCCGAGUCCGCAAAGACACUGCUAGUCUGGCAAGCACACGCUCGUCCUACAGGUGUACCAUUCAACCUAACCCCCUUCGUGAUCACUCUGAAUGCACUACCGGAGGGUCUGAGGGAAUAUUUACCUCCCACUGAUACGCGAUUGCGUCCGGACCAGCGUGCUAUGGAAGAUGGCGAGUAUGAUCUCGCUGCGGACGAGAAACAUCGCGUUGAAGAGAAACAGCGUGCUAAGCGGAGAGAACGUGAGACUAGAGGCGAGACUUAUUCGCCGCAGUGGUUCGUUCGUGAUAAGUGCCCUGUUACGGGUGAGGAGUUCUGGGCUCAUAAUGGGAAAUAUUGGUCUAGUCGAGAUGCGCAGGAUUGGAGUCGGUCUGAGGAUAUUUUCUGA